GCAAAAUACAAGUACAGGUACUUGAGCGCGCAUGAAUGUCCCUUAGCCGCGUUGUUGCUUGGAUAGGAUAUCCUGCAUGCUUUUUCGCUCGUUCUGUCUCGAGACCGCCCACCUUACGUCGUGCAGCACCCGCCUUUCGCGUCAAGGAGGACCAGAGACGAUUUUUAACUACCAAACACGACCCCUCUCUUUCCUAUGUCCCUGAUGUCAGCGUCAUCGUUGACAAAAUCCGGCGGUACAUCCCGACAGCAAAUGUUGGCGCUUUGCACCAGCAGUUUCACGGCCUAUUUCGCGUGUUGAGCGAGGAAGGGAAGGAUAAACCCACGGCUCCUCCACUUAAGGAAGAGGAUAUCCAUGACGCGCUAUCAAUACUAGCUAUGUCGGGCAGGCACCAUGAUUUAGAUAUGGUGGUGAAAAUCCUCACCGACUUGCCCAUGCUUUGCGGCGUUGAAGUGGGGGCAAGAGUAUACAAUGUCAUCCUUCGUGGCCUGAUUACGAACGGAAAUCCACAAACUGUCUUCAACUGGCUGAUGAACAUGCCCCAAAAGCCGAAAAACAUGACGCCUAGCCUUCUACAAUGGCACAUGUUCCUCGAAUGGUGUGCUGACUCUGGCCUGGUGAAGGUUCUCCACCACAGCGUCUCAAAGAUGCAUCGCUCUGGACGUCGUCCCACCAUCAAAACCUUUGAAAUUCUAUUCAACGCUCUCUUUGACGCUGGUGCUCCAAUCAAGAAAUUCUACGAUGCUCUAGAUGUCAUGGAACACACCUCAUUGACAUACGAUGAGAACUUCGCGAAACUGCUCUACGAUGGUUUUGUCAAACUUGGUCUUGCGGAUCGAGCUCAGGAGAUGAAAGACGUAUAUUGGAAACGUUUUAGCGAAAGAUCGAGGACGACGGAUCCCAAAAUGAUCGAAUGGACAGAGAGCAUAGAGAGUGAAGCCGAGAACCGGGGUAUCAUUGCAGCCGUAUCCCUAUGCAGGUCGUUGCAGCGAGACGGUUUUAGACCUGCUCCGCACACCCUCACACUUCUCAUCCGGCAUACACACCGCCUCGACCACCUUCGAUACGCGGAAGCCGAACUAAACCUGAAAGCAACCAUAAUUCAGUGGGCUAUCUUGAUCAGCAAUACCGUGCGUGUCGGCGACCUGACGGGUGCUCUGUCGAUCUACGAGGAGUCCAAGGCUGCUGGGAUUACUCCCGGUACGCCCUUGAUACACCCGCUAGUCAAUGCCCUCUGCACCACUUCGAGUACUCUUGAUGACGCUGCAAUUGACCGAGCAUUAGAACUCUACAAGGACCUUGCUGAGGCCGCUCCCAUUCCCCAAUCAAAGCAAGCACCCAAACUACCAGGGCGCCGACAUUCCUCAGGCCCAGAUGCCAAUCUCUACAACAUCUUGUUCCGCGCAUUUGGCGCUUCCAAGAACGUCGAAAAGUACUUUCCUAUUGCGCUUUCACUCCUCGAAGACAUGGAGGCCAGGAAUGUUGAACUCGACAGUCCGAUGGCCGUUUCUGCCCUGGCCAUCGUUGUCAUGCGGUGUAGUUCCAGCUUCGAUGACGCGUUGAAGGCCUAUAAACGAAUAUCCAAACGUCCCAAUGCACCUCGCCUCGACGCAAAAGGCUAUCAAGCCAUCCUUCACACCCUGACCCGGCUCUCAUUCGGAGCCCACGAAACAUUACCGUCCGUAUGGCACUAUUUCGAAGUAGUGAAAGACAUGCGGAUGGCAGGGGUUGAGAUCACGGCGCCCGUGUACACUAUCCUCCUCCGGCAUCUCGCGCUACUCUCAGCGGAACUGCCACUCGAGGAGCGUGAUGCCCUUGCAGCGGCCGUGCGGAGGGUGCAUGAUCACCUCACACUCGAUCCCUCCUUCACGCCCGACACAGUGCUCUGGAACCAGCUGAUGGACAGCUACCAGCGCGUUGGGCUUUUCGCGGAGGCGUACCGCGUCUGGGAUAUGCUCUUUAUCACGGGACGCUUCAAUCACGCAAGCGUCGCGAUCAUCAUUGAUGCAUGUGGGUUCGCGUAUGCCUGGCCUAUGGCUGCACAGGUGUGCCUGAAGCUGACCAAGCUCGGGUUCAAAUUCAACCAGCGGACGUGGAAUGCGUGGAUAGAGUGCAUGUGUCGUGUUGGGAAGCUUGAUGAUGCGCUCAAGGUUGUGUGUUUGGAGAUGGGGAAAGACCAGCCAGAUGUCGCGCCUGAUGUUAAUACGGUCAAGGUACUUCUUUCGUUCGCUGCACGGACAAACCAGCAAGAUGAGGUGAUGGACCGCAUCAAACGGUAUCUCCCUCAGCUAUGGUAUACGUUACCAAACGAACUCGACGGAUACUUCAUCAGACAGCACACAACAGUAGUAGACUCAUAAAAUGAUCGUCGUAGCCUUGUCUAUUCAUGAUGGUAAAUACAAUAAUA